GGUGGAGAAGAGGUACCUCAGGCCCAAUGGCGACUGUGGAAGCAAGUGGCAGCGAUGGGGAAGGGCGAGGGGUCGAGACCUCCGUCACGUAUUACCGAUUGGAGGAGGUGGCGAAACGCAACUCCCCGAAGGAGAUUUGGCUGGUGAUCCACGGGCGAGUCUACGAUGUCACCCGCUUCCUUAACGAGCAUCCUGGCGGAGAAGAGGUUCUGCUGGAACAAGCUGGUGGAGAUGCAACUGAAAGUUUUGAAGAUGUAGGCCACUCCUCUGAUGCCAGAGAAAUGCUCAAACAGUACUAUAUUGGUGAUGUGCAUCCGAAUGACCUUAAACCUAGAAGUGAUGGCAAGGACCCUCUGAAAAAUAAUACAUGCAAAAGCUACUGGUCGUAUUGGAUCGUCCCCAUCGUAGGUGCUAUUCUCUUAGGUUUUCUGUAUCGUUACUACAUGGCGGAGAGCAAGUCCUCCUGAGGAGACCUUGUUGAAGUCUGGAAAGCACAUCUACUUGGGAGUGAGGACUAGACACUUGUUUGGAGGCUGCAGCGGUGCCCUCUUCUCGAAUCCUGCCAAUUGUAUUCUUCUCCCUCGGACCCCAGACUGUUGGCCAGACAUCCGCCUCAGCCCUGGGGCCAGUGUCCAAGUCAUUUCUCAGAGCCUUACUCUCAAAGCACCUGCUCAUUGUGUCCUUGCCUUUGUUUCCUCUCUUUACUCUUUUCCACGAGCACCUUUAUGUUUCAGAACUUUCUUUUAUAAUUAUAGUCUACGGAUUCUAGUGACAUUGCCCUUUGGUAAAAUUGCCUGCUUCCCAAUACUUUGAAUGCACAUUAGACAUACUUAACAGGGCAUCACACUCUGGUUUUGAAGCUUUUCUUUUUCCCUUUUUCUUCUAAGUAAAUAUUAUUUUUAAAAUUAUGACUUAAUUAUCAUAAGAGGUUUAAUUCAUGAAGUCAGGUUGCACACCUGCGACUUAAAACACAACUGCAGAAUGAUCUUGUUCCUUGUUUAUAUUUGUUAAAACUGAGUGUAGCAGGGAGCCCUUGCCACCUCCUAAGACCACCAAAUGGUGCUGGGCAGAACUCUGCUUCCCUUUUGUUUAUGGGGAGUGGAGAGAAACAGGGAGAGGAAGAGAUGAAUUGGGAUGAUAGAGUGAAUUCACAGUAAUCUUUCUUUUGAAAA